AUGGCCUCCCAGGAAUUCCUGUUAAUUCUCAUGCCGUGCGCUUUUCCAGACAAAUGGAUUGCCAGCAUGAGGAGCGCUGUCCCCCACAUCCGCAUCGAGAAACGCGAAAUUGACAGGAAUGCUACGGAGCUGCCCACAGAUAUCUCCCCCGGGACAUGGAGGGAUGUUACAGCACUCUUUACUUGGAAGCUUCUUCCGCCCAAGGAGCUGGUCCCAAGUCUACAAUAUGUCCAGCUCUUGAGUGCCGGGUGCAAUCAUGUUAUGGGGACCUCGCUAUUCGCUGAGACUGACGUCGCGUUUUGUACAGCGAAUGGGGUUCAUCCACCUCAAAUCACAGAAUGGGUUUUCAUGACAUUCCUCGCCUUCCAGCACCAUCUACCCGGAUAUCUGGAGCACCAGAAGCUCGGCCAAUGGAUCGAUCCCACAUCGGACGAAGACACCGAGGAUGCAGUUGGUCUCAGAGUUGGAAUAAUGGGCUAUGGAAGUAUCGGCCGGCAAUGCGCCCGGGUCGCCAAAGCCUUCGGCAUGAAUGUCCAUGCCUUCACACUCCACCCACGAACCACGCCCGAGUCCCGAAAAACAGAUUCAUUCAGCGAGCCAGGUUCGGAUCUCGAUUUGCUGGUGAUCACUGUCCCGCUGACUAGAGAGACGCGAGGUAUGAUUGGGAGGGAGCAGUUUAGACAUCUCAGCAAGAAGAAGGCAUAUGUGAGCAACAUUGCACGCGGGGCAGUGAUCAAAACAGAUGACCUUAUGGAUGCCCUGGAUGCGGGUCACAUCCGAGGAGCGGCCCUGGAUGUUACGGAUCCGGAGCCAUUGCCGGCUGACCAUAAGCUGUGGGGUUAUAAAAAUGUUAUUAUUACGCCGCAUUGCAGUGGGAACUCAACCCACUAUAACGACCGUGCUAUCAAGAUACUGCAGUGUAAUUUUGAAAGACGGGCUCGAGGGCAGCAGCUUCUCAACCAGGUUGAUAAGGGCUUGGGAUACUGA